GGCACUUUGCACGCUCGACUCAAGUCCAAGGGGAGAGGGUCUCAUUUCUAAUCCGCCGACCACCCCGACACAUGUCCCUUUUCCUCCUAACGAUCAUCUGCCAUAGCGACAAGAAUAUCGUCUGAUGUUCAGACAAUAACAUCACGCCCCCAUCUCCCCCCCCCCCCUUCUGCGGUUCGCCACAGCCGCAACACCCCUUUCAUCGAGAAACUCCUUCAUUUCUCCACAUCGCCCGCCAUGACUCGAGGCCGCCGCAGGGACACAACCCUCGAGCCUACCCGUCAGCUUCAAACUUCACGGGCUUUCCGUGAGCGCCGUGCUGCGCAUAUCAAGGCGCUCGAGGAGCAAGUGCGGACUCAGGCCGAUGAGAUUGCGCAGCUGAGAGCGCAGUUGAAUCUGGAAGAGGGGGGCUCAUCACUGAAGGAUGGAGGUGGCGCUGACGGGCAUGACAAGGCGAGCGGCUACACGCAGCAGCAGCAACGCUACAAUCAUCACGCAAGCUCGUCGCUCAGUAGCAGCUUGAGCGAGGCAGAUUUGCCAGAGAAGGACGGAGAGGGGAAGAAGCGCAAGACCAUGGAGCGCUACAAUGAUGAUCCGUCAACGAGACCAUCGGCAUCAACGAGCGAGCUGAGCUCGUCGACGACGCCUUCGUCACCGUUGUCUACCUGUUCUAACUGCGAGUCUGUGAAGCAACAGGCAAAUCAGCUGAUGAUGAUGCUCACCGACAUGGAGCAACGCAUGGGGCCAUUGCGCGCGGCCGGAGUAUCCCUGGGGCAAACGAUUCAGCACACACCUCAACAUAGCCAUGACUCGGUCUCUCAGCCUCGUUCUCUGUACACCGCUCCUCCGGCUGCUACUCCAGCUUUCGCAUCUCAGGCGCCGCCACAGCACCACUCCCCGCUUCCUCCGCCGGUGCCGGCGCCCGUGCCCGUAAUGGCGACCGGUGGACCGCCUACACCCGCAGAUGAGAAGUGCUGCUUAGGAAUAUUCAAGUGCGAUGAAGCUGGGAGGAUUAUAGUGUAGCAUUCUUCUCUUCUGUUUCUCUUUGCGCUGUCGUUGUAAUAUAGUACCAUUAGAUCCCGUCUAUUCAUCCCUCGCUCGCCGCUGCCGGCCAUCUCCAACCCGCGAUGCAAGGUGGCCUCGCCUCGCCCUGAUCCUGGGUGGGCCCGCAGGCCUGCAUUCAAUGUUGAAGGACCUUCUUCGCCUCCCAUCUUCGCAAUCACAUUCGCUCCAUUCGAGAAACAAAGCAGCGAAGCCGUUGCUGCUGCACGUCUGCUGCACACGACGAUGCAA